AUGAGUCCCCUUUCCACUCCAGGUCAUCAAAGCCGAUUCAGUGAGACCUCACCCUGCCCUUCUGGGACUCCAGCAUCAUGGCUCUCACUGCCACAUCACUGUAAAAGCUCAACAGCUACGCCGGCCACGCAAUACUCCUCCCAAAGCUGGCGCACUUCCGACCACAAGCUACUAUCAAGGACGUUAACGAUCGAUCCUGAUCGCCAACCGACAGAAGGUUUGCAGCGAAAGUAUUCAAUCUUAUCAUGGUCCCUGUUCCGAUCUAAGAGAUAUCGUGCUGAAUCUCAUUCACGAACAGUUGAAACCCGCAAAGAGGCAGUUGCAAAACCUUGUUGGUGGCCAUCGGCUCCAGAUCUCACAACAAAAAAGAAGUUGAAAAUCAGCCCACCGAUCCCUCUUCGGCCAGAGUCUUUGUGUCGUCAAAGAUCACUUCAGUCGACGCAUCAACACGGAUCGAGAGAUCUCUUCACGGAUGGAUACCUAUCAGGUCCCCCGCCAGUUCCUCCUUCAGAAUGGGAUGCCGAGACUCGAAGAAAGCAGCAGUUGGCCGAUCUAGAUCCGGACAAGAGAGGUCUAGCAUUUGUUCGAAUCCAUCCCGACGGCUGGAGCAAGGUCACCCCAAAACAAUGGGUGGAAGAUCAGUUCAGCAACAAUUCGUCAGACGCUGGCGCAGACGACGACCGGAGUGUGUACAGUCAGAGCAAUGGCGGGGAAAUUUGUAAACCACUGGAGGGAGCUUCUGCGGUCGAGAACGAAAAGGGACAUGUAGCCUCCCUGCAUCCGCCCACUGACACUGUCGAGCAGCCCGCUGUGGGAGCCCUUAAUGCCGAAGUUGGCAUACAUCCACGCUGGAGCGCAGGAUUGGAAGCCGGCUUGUCUUCUUCCGAUCCUAUUCGAUACUGGAUGUCCUCGCUUCGACCCCUUCCUGACCCUCAUCUAUCUUUUCCGACUCAAUACAGUGACGAGGGCGAACAUGACGAAGACGAUUCGAGCCCACGCAAGUCCAAAUGUCAGAAUAAACGACCUCAUCAAGUCUUCACUGGCCCAUUUACAUCGAACCAGGAACCCUCAGCAAGUCUCGAGCCUGCAAUCAGAGUGAACGCAUGCCAUUCCUUUCAUUCGAACUCAUUGCCACUGGUGCCGCGACCCUUGAGGUUAUCGCAGCGGCACCUGAGAGCUCCACCGCCUGCCACUGCCACCAAAAGAGAGAAUGAGAUUCCACAUAGCCGCAGUAACUGUGGCCUUGUUUGUGUGCAGGACGACCAAGAUCCCGAAUCAAAAUCACUUCAGUCGUCCUGGUCUACUAUCUACUGCGGUGGCGAAGGAGGAGGCGAUGCAGCAGCUGGUGCAGCAGCAAAAAAAAAAAGACAAGUCGGAAAUAGGCUAUUCAUUGGGCCCUUGGGUAGAACAUAUAGAGAAAAGGCUUUGCCACCCUUGGCCCCUAUCUGCAGCGACGACGACGACUACAACGAUGACAACGACGCUUGUUCGAAUCAAGACUGUGGCUAUCUGGAAUCACUAUACCAAGACGGCAAGGUCGGAAAAAGGGAACAGGGAGAAAAUGAAAAAGAAAAGGGCACGGACCGACUCAAUGCAGACAUUGACGAGAUUCUCGACAUGUACCUGCCCGUGAGUCCUGCAACAGGACCUCGAGACAAGAAUUCUUCAGGACCGAAAACCGAGCGUCUGGGCGCCGGGACCAAGGACAAGAGCAAGAACAGGAGCAUGAAAAAGGCCAAGUCUGCGCAAAGCAUGUAUCCGCCUCAGCGACCUGCGCGGCCGUCAUUCGCCACGGAUCCAGAACUAAGGGUGAAUAACCAAUCAAACAACUGUGGGAUGUCGCUGCUGCAUGGGACGACGACGACUAAAUGCACAACAAUGACAACAGCAAAGACAAUGACGAGCCCUGGUACGCCGCUCAUAAUGGCGUAUCCUUGCGCCUAUGACCCGGAGAAAUACCCUGAGCUCCGGCACGGACGGGAGGAAUGGGAGAGGAGGGUCUGCUUAGGGCCAGGAGCAGCAGCGAUGGCUUGCGUCGACGAAGAUGGCCAAAUCUGGAUUUAA